GCGGAACUUCGUGACGAGCUCCAGCGCCCUCUCCCUGGGGUUACAGGGACACCACCAGGGCCGGCAGCGCCACCUGCCAGGCCCCUUGUAGGGGAGGCCAAGUCCUCCCAAAAGCCGCCGGCUGAGGAGGCUCCGAAAGACGCGCCCAAGGAGAGUGCCCUCAACCUGACCACCAAGUGCGGACCGCCUGCCCCGCCUGAAGGUCUAGCACCUGCGGCCCCAGCCUCCACUGCAGGGAAAGAGAAAGAAGAGCCUCAGGAGGAUCAAAAGGUGACAGAAAAGCCCAACGCAUCAGCCCCUGCCAGUGGAGCCAGUUCAUCAAGGCCCACAAGAGAGAAGGAAGAAGAGCCCGAGAGAAGUCCCCGGCAUAAGGGAGGCAGAGACCCUCCUAGAUCCAGAAGCAAGAAGAAGAAGGCCCGGAGAAGUCGAAGCCACAGUUCAAGAAGGAGAAGGCGCGAUAGAAGCCGCUCAGGGGGUGAACGAGACCGCAAAGAAAGGAAAGCCCGUGACGAGAGGCUUGAAGAUAAAGUGCAGUUGGUUACUGGAGCUGCGUCCAGUCUGGCCAACUAUGGUCUUGAAACUUGUUUCAUUGGUGAAAGUGCACUUGCUCGUGUCCGCAGUGCUGUAGUCAUGGCCAUCUGGAAUCAUCGCAGACGGUUUCGUUCGUCGCAUGCAGUGCUGUUGCUCUUCACUCAGUCGCACUUGACCGACCCUUUCCAUGCCCAGGUGUAUCAAUGUCUUACAACCUUGAAACGCUGCCUGUCUCAAAAUCCAGCAGUGCGUGCUAUUUGGGAACCUUGGUGGUUGAAAGCUUCUGGUCAUGACCCUCGUCGUCCUCGUGGCCCCGUCACCUUGUUGUGCAAUGUGGUUCGUCGUAUCAAGUGGUCCUGGGUAUCUGCUUGGACUCUUCGAACUCAUCAGGACAUUGACCUUGACCUUCUAAAUACAGACUCUGACUUGUUUGCGCAUCAUGUUCGUGAAGCUUGUCGUGUGCAUGGUUGGCAGCAGGCACUUGGUCUUCACAAGCACUUUGAAGGAGCCCAAUGUGGUGUUGAUCGCUCGGCCUCUGUUCACUUGUCUGAGCAGAGCUUUCUGUCGACUCAUGAUUGUCGUCUCCUUCGCUCAAUCUUGACGGACGCUGUGUGGACUGCUUCGCGCUUGUAUCAUGCUGGUCGACUCCAGACCUCGGCGUGUCCUUGUGGUCAUGACCACCAAGACAGGGAGCAUUUCUUUUGGUUGUGCCCUCACUUACAGGACAUACAAAGCAGGCAUGGUCGCCUUGUUUCUUUGCGUGCCGACACUGGACCCUGGCCGUCUUGUUUGCAGCUGUGUGGUCUUGUGCCCUUGAAUUUCGAGAUCCCAGGUUACAAUCACAUUCAACUGGCUCAUUUAGUGCAAGCUUACCUGCUUGAUGUGGCGCGUCGCUCAUGGGAUUUGGGUUGGCCGAAUUCAGAUGACAAACCGCAAGAGGAGAGUCAAUCCUCUGCUUUGCCUGUGGAACCCUUGCUUUUGAAGCUUCCGUUGGAACCACCCAAACUGUCAUCUACCACUUUUCCUUGGCCUGAACAGUUCUGUGUGGAUUUGCUUAGCUUCCUGAAGACCUUGACAUGGCCCAAGCAGCCGACCCCUAACGGCAUUUCGUGGGCAGAGUUGGUGGUGAAUUUUGAGAUUGUUACUGGCAAGGCACUUCCUCGCAACCCUGGUCGAAGUCGUGCUAGACACUUGCGUACAUAUGGUGAGGCAGCUGUGCCCCUGCUUGAGGCUCCUGACAAUCUUUACAAGAAAGUUUUGACCCUGUCCAGUGCUUGUCGUUCCUUUGCGCGCCUGAUCGGUGCACCCGUGGUUGUGGGCCGAGAGACUCGAAAUGUUUGUAUUCCUGGUUUGCCGGGAAAACACAGAUACCGUGGCUUGGAUCGUCGUCCAGUGAUGACCAUGGAUGCAGAGACUUCAGAAGCCAUUCGUGCGUGUUUGCAUGACAGGAUCGCGGUUGAGAUCAAUGUUUCCUCGGCAGAUAUCACUGCUGGUCAGACUGGUGCUGCAAAUCCGGUUGAGUUGGCAUACAAAAAAGUGCAUCCGCUCAAGUGGAACACACCUGUUGCUUCUGAUGUAGCCACAUCCGAGGCUGCUGGGGAACCUGUUCCACCUAAGAACAAGUGUGAGGAUCCGAAACCUGUAAAAGACACAAAGACUUCAGACAAUGACACCCAUGAUGCUACUAAGGUUGGAAACCGCUGGACAUGUCGAAAGUGCCCUUGCACUUCUACUGCAUCUAACAGUACGCGCUUCAAACAGGCACGGUGCCUAGGUGACCUUUGUCAUAACUUUGAGUUCAAGGCAAGUUUUGUGCAUGACAUUCCUGCCAAGCCCGAUUCCAAGGGAAACUAUGUGUGUAAGCGGUGCAAACGAAGUUCAGUGAAAAGUAGCGUUGCUCGGUUUGCCAAGACUCUUUGCUAUGGCUCACAUGCUACCAAUCGAAGUGAUGCGAUUCGUGCCAGUCGCUGUGCUGCUGGUUUGUCCUCCAAAGGACUACCUGACCAUGUUGCACCGCGAUUGCAGGCUUUGCGAAAGUCCAAAGUCAACAUGGAGCCUGAGUAA